AUGAACGAUGCCGAGUGCACGGCAGCUGCGGCCCCUUUUCAGGGCUACAUGCCAUUUCGAUUUGUACUGUUGACACAUGUUAUCCUGGGCAUUAUCGGCAUUUCGUUGAGCAUCUACUCCCUCGGCGUCGUCCGGAGAUCGUUUUUCCAUCCGAAUUGCAAGAUCCUUCUCCUCGCCAUCGUCGCCUUAUUUAUUGCGCACGGUGUUGGGUUAUCGGUGCCAUUCAGUUACCAUGUCUACGCCUACUCCACAAUGACCGGCUGUCAGUUGAUGGUCUCCGAGGCUGUCUGCGACAUCAUUCGAGCUCCUGCCAAUUUUGCUGUUUUUGGCUGCUCCUCGUUGCAUUUUGGGUUAUGUCUGGAGCGAAUAAUGGCCCGCUACUAUGCGCGGCGCUACGAGACGAUGAGGCCAAUUUUUGGAUGGGGAUUGUUGGGGGCAUCGUUACUAACCACCGCUCUCAUCUACGCCUAUUGUCUACAUCGAGAAGAUUUCUCCAUGAUGGUCCCCUAUUGCACGCUGGGCAACGCGAAUACGGGCGACCAACUUGAUCGAGUGCUCAAAAUUUUGCCGUCCAUCGAUCUUGCUAGCGUAAUCGUUAUGGUCUACCUGGCAGCGACGACAAAAAAUUCGAAAAAAACCUACGAUCUUGGCGCGAGUUUUUCAAAGUUGGAAGGCAGAAGCGCUAAUAGGUUAUUGUUGCCGUUUACGAUAGUUCACCUAGUCAUCGGACUUGGAUCAGUAUUUCUAAACGGUUAUUUGCCUGGAAUAAUGCCGGCGUCUUGGACAUUCGAAUUGCGGAGGACAGUAUUGGCCGGAAUAAAUUUAAUCUCCGUAUAUGCAAUCGUCGGUUGUUUGACGCUGUUGUAUAUUUUACGAAAUAUUCAGCGGAAGCGGCGACAGAAAAUCUUCAAAAUCCUAACCCCAAUUAACGACACCUCUGUUAUCCACAACACGUACGCGCAGCACUGG